UCAGACUCUCCACAAAAUGCGUCCAGUCGUCUUUACACUUUUGAUCACACUUUUGCUCGCCAGUUCUGUGCAAGCCGAUUGGUGGGACGGGUUCACUGAUACGGUCAGCGGAGGUCUGAACAAUGCCGCCGGAUGGUUCAAGGAGACGGCGUCUCCAGCAAUCCGUGACAAGUUCAACGAGUACAAGGAGAAGCUUCAGGACCCGGAAACCCACAAGAACAUCCGAGAAUGGGUUGCAGAGAAGUACGAGGCCGCAUCCGAAUUCACAAAGGAGGAGAUUGUUCCGGAGCUUAAGAAGGUGUACGAGGCGGCCACUGCUGAUGUGACGACGAAUGAGCCGAAAGAGGAGAAGGAAGUGACUUUAGAUGAUAAUUGAUUUAAUUAAUCAAUUAUUAUUUAUUUAUUCACAUAUUUUUCUUAUGCAUUACUCAAAGCCCACGUUUAUCAUGUGCCUUAUUCCAAUGACGAAUUGUAGUUGUAUUUGUUCAAAAGCAAGCAUAAAAUGUUUUUUCUGUAAUAUUGAAUUGUUUCAAAAAAGUUUCAAAAUGUGGAAAUUUGCG